AUGGGCACUGUGGGUCCAGUUCUCUGGAUCCUUUCUACUUUGACACUUAAUCAUGCCUUAGAACUGUCAUCUCGAGUGUCAAAUCCGGCGCACAAUGAUCGAGUCUGCAGCACCUGGGGAAAUUUCCACUAUAAGACAUUCGAUGGAGACAUUUACCAGUUUCCUGGACCCUGCAACUACCUCUUUUCUUCCAACUGCAAAAACACCUUUGAAGAUUUUAAUAUCCAGAUAAGGCGCUCUGCUGACUCACAGAAGCCAGUUCUGUCCUAUGUGGUUAUAAAGAUUGAAGGGCUCGUCAUUGAGAUGAAGAAGGGAGACAUCAUUGUGGGAGGAGAACAGGUUUCGCUUCCAUUCAGCCAGUUUGGAGUUCAGAUACAGCAGACCAGUGUCUAUGUGAAGGUGUCGGCCAAGCUGGGGUUAACUCUUUUUUGGAAUAAGGAAGAUUCUCUGAUGCUUGAAUUGUCCUCAAAAUACAUGAACACCACAUGUGGAUUGUGUGGAAAUAUGAACGGGCUCAGUCAGGAUGAAUUCCAAAUUAACAAUGUACUACUGUCUCCUGUACAGUUUGGAAACUUGCAAAAGUUUGACGGGCCCACGGAACAUUGUGAAGAUGUUAUUUCAUCUGUUCAAAAAAACUGCAGUGACUUGAAGGACACCUGUGACAGCAUGCUCUCCAGCCCAGCAUUUGAUGACUGUAACAUACAUCUCCCCAAGAAGUCCUACAUAGAAGCUUGUAUGUCAGAUCUUUGCAGCUGUCAGUCUUCAAAUGAUACGUCGUGUUUCUGUAACACUUUAGCCGAGUACUCCCGACAGUGUGCCCAUGCUGGUGGACGACCAAGUAACUGGAGAAAUAAUAUUUGUGCAAUCACCUGCCCAAUGAAUCUGCAGUAUGAUGAGUGUGGUUCUCCUUGUGCUGACACCUGUUCCAAUUUUGAGCAAACCCAAGUUUGUGAAGAACAUUGUAUAGAUGGCUGCUUCUGUCCACCAGGAACUGUAUUUGAUGAUGUUCACCAGAAAGGCUGUAUCCCACUCAGCGAGUGCUCCUGUACUUACAACAAUACGAUAUAUGCACCUGGAGAAUCCUACAGCACGAACUGCCGUAACUGCAUCUGUCAAGGAGGUAAAUGGAGCUGCCAGGACCUUCCAUGUCCCGGAUACUGUUCUUUGGAGGGAGGAUCUCAUAUCUACACCUAUGAUGGUAGUCACUAUAACUUACAUGGACAAUGUGAUUACAUCUUUACAAAGGACUGUGUACAGAACAUGUUUACUGUACUUGUUGAGCUGACGCAGUGCGGUGUCACCAAAACAGAGAGCUGCCUAAAAAGUGUUACCCUAUCCUUGGAGAAAGGAUUAACUGUCGUAUCAGUCAAAUCUUCUGGCACUGUCCUCUUGAAUGGAAUCUACUCCAGUUUACCUCUCUUUACAGACAAUCUCGCUGUGCUCCAGCCUUCCUCCUUUUACUUGAUCAUUAAGAGUUUCAUUGGGAUCCAGAUCCAAAUCCAGCUUAACCCUGUUAUGCAGAUCUCUGUGAGCUUGGACGCCGAAUAUAAAGGAGAUGCAUGCGGACUGUGUGGGGAUUUCAACAAUAUCCAAACAGAUGAUUUCCGAGCUGGCAGUGGACUUGUGGAAGGAACAGCUUCUGGUUUUGCCAACACUUGGAAGGCCCAGGCAGACUGUCCAAAUGUGAAGGAGAGUUAUGAUAAUCCAUGUUCUCUCAGUGUGGAGAAUGAGAGAUAUGCCCAGUACUGGUGUUCUCAGCUAUCGGACAGCAAUGGAAUUUUUGCACCUUGUCAUGCCGCUGUGCAUCCAGAAAUAUAUCAAAAGAAUUGUAUGUAUGACAGCUGUAACUAUGAAAACAGUGAGAACAGUGUAUGUGCAGCAUUAUCAGCCUACGUACGGGCCUGUGCCGCUGAGGGAGUGAUCCUGACGGGGUGGAGAGGUGUCGUCUGUGAUAAAUAUACAAAGAACUGCCCAAAGAACAGCACCUAUCAGUAUGCCAUUAGCACUUGCCAGAAAACCUGCCGUUCUCUGAGCGAUCCCGACCCCAGCUGCAGCUUCGAGCUCCCUACUGUUGAUGGCUGUGCUUGCCCAAAUGGGACCUACCUUCAUGACAGCGGAGCCUGUGUUCUUGACAAACAGUGUCCCUGUUACUACAAGGGAUCGAUAAUGCCACCAGGAGAGGUCGUUUAUGACAAGGGGGCUAUGUGCACGUGCCAGAGUGGCAGACUACACUGCGUUGGCAAUACACCAAGCAUUGCAGUGUGCCCUGACAAUAUGGUUUAUUUUGACUGCGCCAAUGCUUCAAACGGAGGAAAAGGAGCUGAGUGUCAGAAAACGUGCCAAACCCUGGACAUGGAAUGUUUCAGCAUUCAGUGUGCUGCGGGUUGCGUCUGUCCGGACGGCCUUGUGCUUAGCAAUAAUGGCAGCUGUAUUCUUGAGGAAGAGUGUCCAUGUGUCCACAAUGGAGAAAUUCACCAAAGUGGAGAAACCAUCCAGCAAGACUGUAAUACAUGCACCUGCAAAGACAGAAAGUGGCAGUGCACACAGAAUGAGUGUCAUAGGACGUGUGUUGUAUAUGGAGAAGGACACUACGUCACCUUUGAUGGCAAGCGUUUCGAUUUUAGCGGUGACUGUGAAUACACGCUGACUCAGGAUUAUUGCCUAUCUAACACUGGAAAUGGUACUUUCCGAGUCAUCACGGAGAACAUCCCAUGUGGGACAACGGGAGCCACCUGUUCUAAAGCUAUAAAGGUUUUCCUUGGGAACUUUGAACUGAAACUGAGUGAAGGAUCAUAUGAAGUUUUGGAACGAGACAUUGGCAGUGAAGUCCCCUACCAGGUUAGGCAGAUGGGUAUUUACCUUGUGAUCGAGGCCACAAAUGGAUUAAUUCUCAUGUGGGACAAGAAGACCAGUAUCUUAAUCAAGCUAAGCCCUGAGUUUAAGGGACGGGUUUGCGGUCUUUGUGGUAACUAUGAUGGCAGUGUAUCCAAUGAUUUUAUUACAAGAAGUCAAUCAGUGGUGGUCAAUAUUCAAGAAUUUGGGAACAGUUGGAAAGCUGCCCCCACAUGUCCUGAUGCUCUGCCCCUAAAGGACCCUUGUGUUACCAACCCAUACCGUCAGACUUGGUCCCAGAAGCACUGCAGCUUUAUCAUGGGCUCAACCUUCUCCAAGUGUCAUUCCAAGGUUGAUCCUACUCCUUAUCAUGACACUUGUGUCCAAGACACAUGUGCUUGUGAUUCUGGUGGGGACUGUGAAUGCUAUUGUACCGCUGUUGCUGCUUAUGCUGCUGCCUGUAGUCAAGCAGGAAUUUGUGUCUCAUGGAGAACCCCUGAGAUUUGCCCUCUAUUUUGUGAUUACUAUAACCCUGAAGGAGAAUGUGAGUGGCAUUAUAAGCCUUGUGGCGCUCCCUGCAUGAAGACCUGUAGGAACCCCAGUGGCCACUGCAUGAACACACUACCUGGAUUAGAAGGAUGUUAUCCAAAAUGCCCAAAGGAACGACCUUUCUUUGAUGAAGACAUUAUGAAGUGUGUGGCUCAAGCAAAUUGUGGGUGUUAUGAUGACGAUGGAAAACGUUACAGUGUUGGAGAUAUGGUCCCCUCUUACAAAAACUGUGAAUCAUGUAUUUGCACAAAGAAAGGACGCCGCUGUCAGAUAGAUGAGAGGGCAUGUUUCUGUUACUAUGGAAAUAUGAAGUACAACUAUGGAGAUGUCAUUUACAACACUACUGAUGGAAUUGGAGGAUGCAUUACAGCCACAUGCUCAUUCAAUGGAACCAUCGCAAGAAAUGUCUACCCUUGUGUGCCCACCACCAAGGCGCCCACCACAACUUUCCAUUUUGAUACAACCAGUAAAAUUCCAUUGAAUAUCUCUACACCAGAGCAAAUGUCAUCGACUUCUGUUUCCUGCCUCGAAGAAGUGUGCAAGUGGUCACCAUGGUAUGAUGUCACCUAUCCCAAAUAUGGAAUAAAAGAAGGAGAUUUUGAAACCUUCGAUAAUAUCAGAAAUAAUGGAUAUUCUGUAUGUAAAGUCCCUUCUCAAGUGGAAUGUCGAGCAAAAAGAUUUCCCAAAAUCUCAGUUACAGACUUGGGCCAGAAAAUACAAUGCAAUACAUCAGUGGGACUUGUAUGUUACAAUCAAGACCAAUUCUCUCAACUAUGUUAUAAUUACGAGAUCAGUAUUCUUUGCUGCACCUUUGUUCCAUGUGGCGAAUCUUCUGCCUCCCCAACACCAUUUGUGACUUCUUCUCCAGACACCACAUUGACAACAAAAUCCCUGAAGACUACAGUCACAACAUCUAUACCACCAACAGGGACAUUAAAUCCAAUAUCAUCUGAAAAAACUACACCUAGAACAUCUACUAUAAAGUCAGUCACAGAAACUGUAAAGCCUUCUACAACCAAACCUCAAGCAACAACUCUCAACACUCCAUGUCAGAAAGAAAUGUGCACUUGGACAGAGUGGAUUGAUGUACAUUUUCCUAGCAUUAUAAAUUCUGAUGGAGACUUUGAAACAAUAGAAAACAUUAGAGCUGCUGGAAACAAUGUAUGCUCAAAACCAGAGGACAUUGAGUGCAGAGCUGAAAAAUUUCCAGAAAAAAGUAUUGAAGAAGUUGGCCAAAUAGUUACAUGUAAUGUCACUCAUGGUCUAAUUUGCAAUAACAAAGAUCAGAAAAACAUUUUUCCUCUUUGUUUCAACUACCAAAUAAGAAUUCGUUGUUGCUCUAUGGAGGAUUGUGAAGCAUCUACCACCCUUGCUGCUUCAACGGCAAAAAUUCACUCAACCGAACAUCCUACAACUCCAGAAUUCACAAGAACAACUCAACAAUUCACAAAAACCACUGUUUUGCCGACAACUAAAAUACCUUUAACAGUUCAGCAAUCAACAAAAUAUAGCACACAUAUAACUGGUUUACCAACAACUUCAAGUAAGGUAAAUUGUGUGCCAGUCUGUGAGUGGUCUCAGUGGUUUGACGUAAGCUUUCCUAAUUCUGAUACAAAUGGAGAUUUUGAAACUUAUGAAGACAUUAGAAAUUCUGGAUUUAAAGUCUGCCAAGAGCCUUCCAAUAUUCAAUGUAGAUCUACUGUUAAUUUAGAUGUACCCCUUGAAGAACUUCAACAAAACGUGCAGUGCAACAUUAGUAAUGGAUUGGUUUGCCGGAAUGAGGAACAAACUGGCCCAUUUCCUUAUUGUUACAAUUAUGAAAUCCGUGUGUACUGCUGUUCAGGAUGUGCAUCAACAGAGGGCAUACCUACUUCUACGAAACACUCACUGAGCACUACAUAUUUAACAACAACAUUAAAAGCUGCUACUAGUGUUCCUCAGACAACAAAGAACAGGGUCACACUGCUACCUACCUCACCAUAUGAGUCAACUACAGAUUUUGGAAAGUUAACAACUGAUGAAGACAUCUAUAUAAACACACCAAAGAAAACACAAGCAACUCUUCCAUUUACUGAACCAGUUAUAAAAAUUACUGAAAUUACAACAGCUGUUAAUACACAAAGACCAAUUUCAACUACAGUUGAAAAAGUAUCUACUACUUCAAACAAACAUGAUUCAAUAAAAACCACUAAAAUGUCUGAUUCAGGAGAAGAGACAUCUGCAUAUAAAACUACACCUGGAAAACCAAUAACAUCUGAAACAGUCCAUCCAAAAGAAACUACUGCAUUCAGAAAGUCAACCACAAAAGCCGAGCAUGAAGUAGAAACAACUUCACAAAAGCUUGUCUCCAUGAAAACAACAAAAAUGUCUACUGAUUCUGGAGAAGUAACAUCUGCCUUCAAAACGACACCUGAAAAACCAAUAACAUCUGAAACAUUGUCUCCAAAAGAGACUACUUUAUAUAGGAAGUCUACCACAGGAGGCGAGUAUGAAAAAUCCACUUCACAGAAGCUUGUCUCCAUGAUAACCACAAAAAUGUCUACUGAGUCUGGAGAAGUAACAUCUGCCUUUAAAACCACUAGUAAGAUAACAUCUGCCAAGGCGAACACUGAUUUGCAUAAAUCAACUACUGAGUCAUCACAUGAAGAUAUGACAUCUAGAAAACCUGUCACAACUGCAAAAGUGUCUACAGAAUCUCAUGAAGUCACUUCUGCGCACAAAACAACACCUGAAAAACCAAUAACAUCUGAGACAAUGUAUCCAAAAGAAACUACUGCAUCUACCACCCUUGCUGCUUCAACGGCAAAAAUUCACUCAACCGAACAUCCUACAACUCCAGAAUUCACAAGAACAACUCAACAAUUCACAAAAACUACUGUUUUGCCGACAACUAAAAUACCUUUAACAGUUCAGCAAUCAACAAAAUAUAGCACACAUAUAACUGGUUUACCAACAACUUCAAGUAAAGUAAAUUGUGUGCCAGUCUGUGAGUGGUCUCAGUGGUUUGAUGUAAGCUUUCCUAAUUCUGAUACAAAUGGAGAUUUUGAAACUUAUGAAGACAUUAGAAAUUCUGGAUUUAAAGUCUGCCAAGAGCCUUCCAAUAUUCAAUGUAGAUCUACUGUUAAUUUAGAUGUACCCCUUGAAGAACUUCAACAAAACGUGCAGUGCAACAUUAGUAAUGGAUUGGUUUGCCGGAAUGAGGAACAAACUGGCCCAUUUCCUUAUUGUUACAAUUAUGAAAUCCGUGUGUACUGCUGUUCAGGAUGUGCAUCAACAGAGGGCAUACCUACUUCUACGAAACACUCACUGAGCACUACAUAUUUAACAACAACAUUAAAAGCUGCUACUAGUGUUCCUCAGACAACAACACCUGGAAAACCAAUAACAUCUGAGACAAUGUAUCCAAAAGAAACUACUGCAUACAGGAGGUCAACCACAGUAGCUGAGCAUGAAAAAACCACUUCCCAGAAGCUUUUCUCUGUGAAAACCACUCAAAUGUCUACCGAAUCUGGAGAAUUAACAUCUGCCUUCAAAACUACUGGCAAAAUUACUUCUUCCAAGGCAAAUACUGAUUUGCAUGAGUCAACCACUGAGUCUAAGCAUGAAGAUAUGACAUCUAGAAAACCUGUCACAACUGCAAAAGUGUCUACAGAAUCUCAUGAAGUCACUUCUGCCUACAAAACAACACCUGGAAUACCAAUGACAUCUGAAACAUUAUCUCCAAAAGAAACUACUGAAUAUAUGAGGUCAACCACAGGAGGUGAGCAUGAAGAAACCACUUCCCAGAAGCUUGUCUCCAUGAAAACCACAAAAAUGUCUACCGAGUCUCGAGAAGUAACAUCUGCCUUCAAAACUUCUGGCAAAAUGACUUCUGCCAAGGCAAGCACUUCUUUCAGUAAGCCAACCACUGAGUCUGAACAUGUGACAUCUGGAAACCCUAUUCAAACUACUAAAGUGUCUACAGAAUCUCAUGAAGUAACAUCUGCCUACAAAACAACACCUGGAAAACCAAUAACAUCUGAGACAAUGUAUCCAAAAGAAACUACUGCAUACAGGAGGUCAACCACAGUAGCUGAGCAUGCAGAAACCACUUCCCAGAAGCUUUUCUCUGUGAAAACCACUCAAAUGUCUACCGAAUCUGGAGAAUUAACAUCUGCCUUCAAAACUACUGGCAAAAUUACUUCUUCCAAGGCAAAUACUGAUUUGCAUAAGUCAACCACUGAGUCAUCACAUGAAGAUAUGACAUCUAGAAAACCUGUCACAACUGCAAAAGUGUCUACAGAAUCUUAUGAAGUCACUUCUGCCUACAAAACAACACCUGGAAAACCAAUGACAUCUGAAACAUUAUCUCCAAAAGAAACUACUGUAUAUAUGAGGUCAACCACAGGAGGUGAGCAUGAAGAAGCCACUUCACAGAAGCUUGCCUCCAUGAAAACCACAGAAAUGUCUACCAAAUCUGGAGAAGUAACAUCUGCCUUCAAAACUACUGGCAAAAUGACUUCUGCCAAGGCAAGCACUUCUUUCAGUAAGCCAAACACUGAGUCUGAACAUGUGACAUCUGGAAAACCCAUUCAAAGUACAAAAGUGUCUACAGAAUCUCAUGAAGUCACUUCUGCACACAAAACAACACCUGGAAAACCAAUGACAUCUGAAACAAUGUAUCCAAAAGAAACUACUACAUACAGGAGUUUAACCACAGAAGCUGAGCAUGAAGAAACCACUACCGAAUCUGGAGAAGUAACUACUGGUAAAAUAACUUCUGCCAAGGCAAGCACUUCUUUCAGUAAGCCAACCACUGAGUCUGAACAUGUGACAUCUGGAAAACCUAUUCAAACUACUAAAGUGUCUACAGAAUCUCAUGAAGUCACUUCUGCGCACAAAACAACACCUGGAAAACCAAUGACAUCUGAAACAAUGUAUCCAAAAGAAACUACUGCAUACAGGAGGUCAACCACAGUAGCUGAGCAUGAAAAAACCACUUCCCAGAAGCUUUUCUCUGUGAAAACCACUCAAAUGUCUACCGAAUCUGGAGAAUUAACAUCUGCCUUCAAAACUACUGGCAAAAUUACUUCUUCCAAGGCAAAUACUGAUUUGCAUAAGUCAACCACUGAGUCUAAGCAUGAAGAUAUGACAUCUAGAAAACCUGUCACAACUGAAAAAGUGUCUACAGAAUCUCAUGAAGUCACUUCUGCCUACAAAACAACACCUGGAAAACCAAUGACAUCUGAAACAUUAUCUCCAAAAGAAACUACUGUAUAUAUGAGGUCAACCACAGGAGGUGAGCAUGAAGAAGCCACUUCACAGAAGCUUGCCUCCAUGAAAACCACAAAAAUGUUUACCGAGUCUCGAGAAGUAACAUCUGCCUUCAAAACUUCUGGCAAAAUGACUUCUGCCAAGGCAAGCACUUCUUUCAGUAAGCCAACCACUGAGUCUGAACAUGUGACAUCUGGAAAACCCAUUCAAAGUACAAAAGUGUCUACAGAAUCUCAUGAAGUCACUUCUGCGCACAAAACAACACCUGGAAAACCAAUGACAUCUGAAACAAUGUAUCCAAAAGAAACUACUACAUACAGGAGGUCAACCACAGAAGCUGAGCAUGAAGAAACCACUACCGAAUCUGGAGAAGUAACUACUGGUAAAAUAACUUCUGCCAAGGCAAGCACUUCUUUCAGUAAGCCAACCACUGAGUCUGAACACGUGACAUCUGGAAAACCUAUUCAAACUACUAAAGUGUCUACAGAAUCUCAUGAAGUAACUGCAACAUCUCAUAGCAUUUUCAGUACAAAGAGUACACCUGAGGGAACAUUCUCCACUAAGUUCAAUUCUCAGCAACCUUCAAAAUCAACGCAUCAGUCAAUGUACCCAACUUCUGGAAAAGUGAGCACUGAGAGCCCUGUUACAUCAACCUCUCGACUAUCAACAGCAACCACUGAAUCGUUUUCUACAGUCCGAUGCAUGUGCAAUAUCAACAGAGUUUUAGUUCCUCCAGGACAAGUGAUAUACAACACCACCGACAAUGCAGGCUGGUGUUUCUAUGCAAAAUGCAAUCAAAACUGCGAGGUGGAAAGAUACAGUGAACAAUGUUAUAGUUCUACUGUGCCAACUGUUACCAGUAGUACUAAGACCGCAAAUACUGUAACUGCAAGUACAGGUACCAUGACUACAAAGAAGACAGAAAGUACUACUAAGAAAGCAGAAACAAGCACCAAGACAUCUCAGACAUCUCAAACCAAGACUUCAACAUCAAGUACUAGUUCAACCAGCACCAUCAACCCUGGAUGCAGUGCUCUCAUGCCUCCACGAGCGGUGAACGAAAGUUGGAUGAUAGACAAUUGUACCCAGGCAAGAUGUAUUGGAGGAAACAACAUAGCCAUAAAUAAGAAGCAGUGUGCACCAAUAAAGGAGGUGGUCUGUGCCAAUCGCUUACAGCCCCAGAAGACAUUUGAUGACAGUGGCUGCUGCUAUGAGCCGGAAUGUGAAUGUGUUUGCGGUGGUUGGGGAACGUCUAACUAUAUCACUUUUGAUGGUACUUACUACUCUUUUAAUGGUCAAUGCACCUAUGUCCUGGUGCAGCAGAUAACUCCAGUAUUUGAUCACUUCCGAGUUUAUAUUGACAACUUCUCUUGCAACCCUAAUGACCCAAAUUGUGUGAAGACUCUACGCAUUAUGUACAAAAAUGACACUAUUGUGCUGAAAUCCCAGUCUUUUAUUCAAAGAAUAUUCAACCAGAUUUACAUUAAUGAACAGAGAGUAUAUCCAGCAAUCUACAGAAAUGGUAUAUUGAUCAAAACCUCCGGUAUAUUUGUUGUUGUGGAGAUCCCAGAGCUUGGUGCAUACCUCUCAUUCAAUGCUCUUAGCUUCACGGUGAAACUUCCAAUCAGCAAGUUUUCUGGUAAUACUCAAGGACACUGUGGUAAAUGUUCAAAUAAUCGGAUUGAUGACUGUAUACUUCCAAAUGGACAACUGGCUCCAUCAUGUACUCAAAUGGCAGGGCAAUGGAAUACACCAAGUCAAGACUCAACAUGCAGCUCCAUCCCUACAACUACCCCAACUGGUAUUCCAAGCCAGUCUACACUCCCAUUCUCUUCAUUGCCACCCACAUAUUUCUCCACUGUUAUGUCCAGUGUUCCCCAUAUUUUUUCAACAAGGGUUCCAUCAACUGCGCUGUCUUAUCUUCCUUCUACCUCUUUGACAACAAAGCAAGUAAUUUCGUCAGAAGAACCCUGCAAUGCCCCUGAGGUCUGCACACUUAUCUUAAGCAGUGUCUUUGAGAAAUGCCGCGGUGUUGUGCCCCCCGAACCUUACUACCAGGCCUGUGUCACUGAUGGCUGUACUAAGUCACAAGAUGACAUUCUGUGCUCCAGUCUACAGAGCUAUGCAAGGAUCUGCGGAAUACAAGGUGUCUGUUUAGACUGGAGAAACAGUACCAAUGGUUUAUGCUCUAUGAACUGUUCCUCAAAUCUUGUGUACAAUCCAUGUGGCCCUGCAGUAGAACGCACCUGUGAUUCCAGAUAUAAUGACGCAUUUUUGAAUGUGGGUACAAAAGAUUUCAUGGAAGGAUGCUACUGCCCUGAAAACAUGACAAAAUACAACGCUGUGUCAGACAAAUGUGUUUCCACUUGUGGAUGUACUGGACCAGAUGGAAUGCCCCGAGAGCCUGGUGAUACGUGGGACAGCAACUGUAAGACCUGUCGCUGUGAUAACAUAUCAUUGAGUGUGCAGUGCGUUGAAAAAUCCUGCGCUUUACCUGUCUCGGAAAACUGCACUAAGGAAGGAUAUAUGCCUGUUUCUGUACCAGACCUAUCCAAUCCAUGCUGCCUAGUCACUGAAUGCCGUUGUAAUGUCAGUCUUUGCUCCAACACUAAAAAGGACUGUGGGCCUGGAUAUGAGGCUGUGCUAUAUAUGAGCCCAGAAGAGUGCUGCCCAAUCUACAAAUGUGAACCCAAAGACGUGUGUUUACAUAAUGGAACAGAAUAUCAGCCUGGUACCCCGGUUCUUCCUUCAAACCCCUGUGAAAAAUGUAUGUGUGAUGAAAAUAUGAAUGAGACAACAGGAAUAUAUCAUGUUUCUUGUACUCCGGUGAUAUGUGACAAGAAGUGUGCUCAGGGCUUUAAAUAUACAAACGUCCCAGGACAAUGCUGUGGAAUAUGUGAACAGACAGAGUGUAUCAUGGACUUGCCUGAUAACUCUACACAUCUUCUCAAGCCUGGAGAUACAUGGUCGCCUCCUGGAGAUAACUGCACUGAAUAUGAGUGUAUCCGUAAGAAAGACAACUUAUUAACUGUGGCAUCUAAAAUAUCAUGCCCAAGAAUCAACCUCGAUGAAUGUGUACCUGACACCAUUCAAAAAGAUCCAAGCGGAUGUUGUCUAACAUGUAUGAUCAAAGAAAAGAAAUGCCAGAGUGUAAAGACGGAAAACAUUAUUCUUCAAAAUGGCUGCAAGUCUAUCAAGCCUGUUACGAUGUCAUACUGUAAAGGAAACUGUGACAGCUAUUCCAAAUACUCUGUAGAAUCUCAGUCUAUGGAGCAAAAAUGUGUUUGUUGCCAAGAGACAGCAACAGAAAAGAUUUCCAUUAUCCUUACUUGUCCCAACGGCAAGAACAUGAAAUACUCUUUUAUUAAUGUGAAGAAAUGUAGCUGUGUUGACACCACCUGCAAAACAGAAUACAAACAGAAUAAUGAAGAAGAUUACUCUGGAGAUGGUAACCAAUCAGAUUCAAAAGAGAAAGAGGUAGAUGGUAAGGACAAAAUAGCUCCAGUAACCAAGCAGGGCCCUACAAUCUCAAACAAACCAAUGAAGACCACUAGACAGCUUCAGGAGAAAGAAGACAACGAUGACAUAAAUAGAGAGAACAGUAAGGAAAAUGAAAGCUCUGAAAAAAAUAACAAGUCAGAUUCGAAGGAGAAAGUAGAUAAGGAAAAGGUAUCUCCAGUAACCAAAAAGGUUCCUGGGCUCACAAACAAACCAAUGAAGACCACUAGGCAGCUUCAGGAGAAAAAAGACAAUGAUGACAUAAAUAGAGAGAAUAGUAAGGAAAAUGAAAGCUCUAAAUAA